UCCCUCCGCCCCUGGGUCCCGUUGCCACACGCCGCUGAAACUCUGGACCAGGCGCGCUUUCCGCCCCGUCGUCCCUCGCCGUGACCGGAGUAGAGCGCACACCAUGUCGGUCGUGGUCAGCAACAGGUUCCAAGGAGGGAAAGCGUUCGGCUUGCUCAAAGCCCGGCAGGAGAGGAGGCUGGCGGAGAUCAACCGGGAGUUCCUCUGUGACCAGAAGUACAGCGAUGAAGAGAACCUGCCGGAAAAGCUCACAGCCUUCAAAGAGAAAUACAUGGAGUUUGACCUGAACAAUGAAGGCGAGAUUGAUCUAAUGUCUUUAAAGAGGAUGAUGGAGAAGCUGGGGGUCCCCAAGACCCAUCUGGAGAUGAAGAAGAUGAUCUCGGAGGUGACAGGCGGUGUCAGCGACACCAUCUCCUACCGCGACUUCGUGAACAUGAUGCUUGGCAAGCGCUCGGCUGUCCUCAAACUGGUCAUGAUGUUUGAAGGAAAAGCCAACGAGAGCAGCCCCAAGCCUGCUGGCCCACCUCCUGAGAGAGACAUCGCCAGCCUGCCCUGAGGACCGGCCUGGACCCUCCAGGCCACCGUCUGCACUUGGCUCUCUGCUUUCUCCACUCCUUGUCGUCUGUCUUCUGUGUUUUGUCCUAAUGGACUCAUUUCAUCUUCAUUUCCGUUUCUUUAUGGGAGCACACGUUACUUGCCUUAACGAGACUGGGGAACCCUAAGCCUCAGGGCCCUGCUCUCUGAUCCCUGCUGCCCUGCCCUCCCUACACAGAAGGGCUGACAUCAAAGCUGGAGAGGGCGUGGGGGCCGCACACCCGAGUUCCCAUGGUUGAAGAGGGUCUUGUCUAUCAAUUCAUCUUUCUAGGUUUCUCGAGACAGUGUUUCUUCAUGUGACAGCCCUGGCUGUCCUGGAACUCACUCUGCAGACCAGGCUGGCCUCAAACGCACAGAGAUCCACCUGCCUCUGCCUCCCAAGUGUUGGGAUUAAAGGCAUGCACCACCACCGCCCGGCCUCAUUCUAGGUUUCUAAGCUCAAUUCAGGCCGCAGGGUUGACCCUGUUUGCCCCUCCCCUUUCCCCACCCUCAAGUGAUCCUGAGCAGGCACAAAGCUCCAGGACAGCUUGGUGUUUCUGGUGUUCCUGGGUGCCUCACAGAUGCAGCUGAUUUCCCUUGGUUCUUGCCACUCUCGGUCCUCAGUGACGUGACACAAGGUGGGGAAUGGAAGAAUUGGAGUCCUUCAAAGGAACCAGAAGGAACUUCUGGCUUUACUUCUUGUGACCACACCUUUACAGACAGCUCAGAGGGACAGUGCAGUUCGGCUGUCCAUUGCUGGGCAGGAAAGGGUCUCAGAGGCAGAGGUGAAGAUAGUGGCUUUGGGGAGCCCCACUUCGAGGGAGGAUGCUGAGGGUGCCAGGGCAGAAGAGGAGUCAGGUGAUCAUGAUGAACCUCAGACAGAGACACAAGCUGACUGGAAGAUGCCCUGAAUCCGGCUAUUCCUGCUUCUCCCUCCACUCACCCACUCCUCAGCAGUUGUUUGCUGAGUGCCUAUUACAUACAAGCUUUAAGUCCUCCUGUUCGGUGGUGAUGUGUGCUAUGUCCAACUCCUAGCUCCCUUCUCAGGUCACUCAAGACCUGGAGCCUGGGGAUGGGACUGAGGUCACCCGGCAGAUUUUAGCUGGGCCAGUCCUCUCAUUUCACUGUGUGCCCUACUGGGGUUAAGGACCUUGCUGGAAGGUCGGGGGUUAAUCUAGAGAUGGGAGAGCGUGGACUGGCGCCCAGGUGGUCAGGUGCCCUGCACCCUGCCCUAGGCUGCAUUGGUCAAAGGGAAGGGUGAGGAUGACUAUCUCUCAGCCUGAUAUUUGAGAAAGGUGUCAUCCCCUCUGAAGACCUUGGGUCAGGACUCACCCUUCAAACUGGCUGUGGGUUCGGGUAAGGACCAAGCCUGCCUUGGCAGUCUGUCUUCCCUUCAGCUUCUUGACUGAUCCUCAGAGACCAUUUCCAGGAAUUACUGCAGUGAAUAUCAAAGUUGACCCAUCUUAUCCGAGUGGGGACCUCAGCCUGACCCUGCCCGUGUUCUGGAAACUUUUGUCCUGGCCUCUCAGGACAAGACAGAGUCAUUCAGCAAACAAAUUUAUCAAGCACUCACUGUAUGCACUGAGUCCAGAACCCAACAGUGAAACGGGCUGACACGUGAAAUGUGGAUCUCCUGGGGAAUCACACCCAGCCAAGGACAGUGUGAUGUUAGGAAAUGGGGAGGGGCAGCGGCAGCAAGAGGUCAGUUUCCUGUAGUCCCAGGAAUUCCAGCUGACUCGUGUCUUGGUAAGACUGUAGAAGAGCCUAAACCCUAAGAGGAAAAGGCGAAAGAGUUAAGCUAGUGUGGUUUUCCUGGGGCUCCUUAGUGUCCUAUAGCAGCUGGAGAGUGAAGCAAACGGCACAAAAUGACUGGCCCCGGUUAUCCUCUGGUCUCAACCAGUCCAGCUCAGCACAGAUCAUUUAGCUAUGCUUCAAAUGCAUUCUAGUUGAUGUUUAAACCCUAGCGUUCCUCCCUGUAACAGAAAAUCCUGUCUACCCUCAUCCCAUCUAUUGACCCUUUUUUUUUUUUUUUUUUUUUUUAAAGAGUAGCAUCUCUCCCCAUUCCUUCUGCCUCGUUCAAUGGUUGGGUUGGGACUUUGGACUGUAUUCAGAUGUCCAAUUCUCUGUGACAGAGGAGGGUGGAGCCAGUCAGGCUCAGUGGGUCCACAACUCCUGGGAUUACAUAGCACCCCAUAAGGGACAGCAAAGGAGUGUGCCUCUGACCUCUCCAAGGUACAGGAAGAGGCUCUCUAUUGGGAGGGGACCCUGCGAGCCCCGUCAGUGGUCUGUAGAUCAGCCCCUGGGAAGAGACUUAAGAAUAAGCUUUAGAGGGAGGAGUUUGCAUAUAUUUCAAGCUGUAUCUAUCUUUUGGCUCCAGGGUUCUUAACCUCUCUAGUUACGGGCUUAGCUUUCUUGGGAAAUCAGCUGUCUUUACUUCUGAAAAAGACCAAAUCUAACUGGUGUGACCAGACACAUGAGGACUGCCAAGCCAAGUAUGGCUUUGCCCUGUGAUUCAAUAGACUUUUGUCAGGUAGAUACGGGUGAAUGACGUGUGUGCAUGUGUAUGUAUGGGUGGGACACCAUCUGCAGAUUGGAAUAAACUAGACCAAUUCACCA